AUGCACUCACCUCUUAGAGAGCAGCCCGCCAUCAUGCUCUGGAAACUGGUUGAAAAUGUCAAGUAUGAAGAUAUCUACGAGGACCGGCAUGACGGCGUGCCCAGCCAUAGCUCCCGGCUGUCUCAGCUGGGCUCGGUCUCCCAGGGACCCUACUCCAGCGCCCCGCCGCUGUCUCACACCCCGUCCUCGGAUUUCCAGCCGCCCUACUUCCCGCCCCCCUACCAGCCUCUUCCCUACCACCAGAGCCAGGACCCCUACUCCCACGUCAACGACCCCUACUCCCUGAACCCCCUGCACCAGCCCCAGCAGCACCCCUGGGGACAAAGGCAGCGGCAAGAGGUGGGCUCCGAGGCCGGCUCGCUGCUGCCCCAGCCGCGCGCUUCCCUGCCCCAGCUCUCGGGCCUGGACCCCCGGCGGGACUACCACUCGGUCCGGCGGCCAGACGUCCUGCUGCACUCGGCGCAUCAUGGCCUGGACUCCGGCAUGGGCGACACCCUCUCCCUCCACGGCAUCGGGCACCCGGGAAUGGAGGACGUGCAGUCAGUAGAAGAUGCCAAUAACAGCGGCAUGAACUUGCUGGACCAGUCCGUCAUCAAAAAAGUUCCAGUUCCUCCAAAGUCCGUUACCUCCCUGAUGAUGAACAAAGAUGGCUUCCUUGGUGGCAUGUCUGUGAACACAGGUGAAGUGUUUUGUUCAGUACCUGGACGAUUGUCCUUGCUCAGUUCUACUUCUAAGUACAAAGUGACCGUUGGAGAAGUUCAAAGGCGCCUCUCACCCCCAGAAUGUUUGAAUGCCUCACUCCUUGGUGGAGUACUUAGAAGAGCCAAAUCGAAAAAUGGGGGCAGAUCGUUGCGAGAGAGGCUAGAAAAAAUCGGCUUGAAUUUACCAGCGGGCAGGCGCAAAGCAGCAAAUGUCACUUUACUCACCUCCCUGGUAGAAGGAGAAGCUGUACAUUUAGCUCGGGAUUUUGGAUACAUCUGUGAAACUGAGUUCCCAGCCAAAGCUGUUUCUGAGUACCUGAACAGACAGCACACAGACCCCACUGAUCUGCACUCCAGGAAGAACAUGCUGCUUGCCACAAAGCAACUUUGUAAAGAAUUCACAGAUCUCUUGGCCCAGGACCGGACACCCAUUGGCAAUAGCAGGCCCAGCCCCAUCUUGGAACCAGGGAUUCAGAGCUGCUUGACUCACUUCAGCCUCAUCACCCACGGCUUUGGGUCCCCAGCCAUAUGCGCUGCCCUGACUGCUCUCCAGAACUACCUGACAGAAGCUCUCAAAGGCAUGGACAAGAUGUUCUUGAACAACAGCUCUGCUAACAGGCACACUUCUGGGGAAGGACCAGGUAGUAAAUCUGGAGACAAGGAAGAGAAGCACAGAAAAUGAAAAAAAAAAAGCUAAUGAAAUUAGGAAAAAAAAUAAAGGAAAAGCAGAGAAAGAGAGAGAUCUUUUAAAACAUUUUAAUUUUAGCUUUAAAAUAUUGGAUUGGGCUUUGGAAGAAUUAUACUAGGUAGGUCACACCCACAAAUAAUUUUAUAAAAAGAUGAAUAAGGUCAGAGGCGCACAAUGGAACAGGAACAGUGGCUCAAUGGCUUUUACAAAAGAACUUUUGAAGACAACUUCCAGGAAUUUCCACUUCUGUCCUCCCACAAUCUUUUUAUUAUUAGUAUUAUUACUGGGGAAAGGGCAGGUUGAAAAAAUGACCAUAAUAAUUGAUAAUGCAAUCAAUAACGUAUUGGAAGGAUAAUUUUCAUAAUGUUAAUAUGUUGGCCAAGAUGCAUAGUCUGUUUCUGUAUUAUUGUUGUUUUUUUAAAAUGUCUAUCUGCAGUAGAAAUUACAAAACCUUUUAAGGGAUGAAUUUAUUUCAUAUUAGAGUGUCCUAAUCAGGGCAAAGACUCCUGCUUUCACGUCUGUCUAACUGCAGUCCCUUAAUUUCUGUGUCACCUUGCCAUUGCUUCUCUGUGUCAUCAGACUAGCUGGGCCUGAACUUUACCAAGAGUCUCUGGCCUAGAGAUCCAUUAACAGUGGUGGAGCGGGGAAAAGCAGGUCUAUUCACUGGGGCUGUCUAGGUUGGAAGUUAUUUUGAAGAAACAUAAGCCACUGCAUGUACUCCACACAGGCUCAGGCUGUGAAGAACUUACAACUAUACCUGUCUGUAAACACUAGCUACAUAGUUACCUGGUGCCCCCAGUCAGUGCAGACAAUUUGC